AUGGCUUCUGUUAUACGCGACGAUGAUAAAGGCCAUGUCGUCGGUGACGUGGAUUCUGCAUCUGAGGAGAAGGGCAGGAUUCAGCACAUUGACGGCGAUGCAAGUCCUCCUGACACUGUCGCCAAAGAAACUACUCCGACUAGGGUCUUUGAAGCUCCCGAAUUUAUUCGCAAUAUGACAGCAGAGCAAAGACUUGAUGUUGAAAAUCGAUUGAGAAGAAAAAUCGACAUCAGACUGAUGCCGAUGAUUGUUAUCAUGUAUAUUAUGAAUUAUUUAGAUCGAAACAACAUUGCGGCUGCCAAACUAGCGGGGAUAGUUACGGACUUGCAUUUGAAAGGCGAUGAAUUUCAAACAAGUGUGUCGAUUCUGUUUGUUGGUUAUCUUCUCAUGCAAGUCCCUUCAAACUUAUUUCUCAACAAAAUCGGAAAACCUGCCAUAUAUCUUCCAACCUGUAUGGUAAUUUGGGGGAUAAUCUCUGCAGCCACCGCUGCGUGUCAGAAUUAUGGUGGUCUUAUUGCGUGCAGAUUCAUGUUAGGUUUCGUUGAGGCAGCCUAUUUCCCUGGCUGUCUUUACUACCUCUCUUGUUGGUAUACUAGGAAAGAACUUGGCUUUCGGACAGCCAUCUUCUAUUCUGGAGCUUUGAUCAGUGGUGCAUUUUCCGGUUUGAUUGCUGCUGGUAUUAAAUCUGGCAUGGAUGGCGCUCAUGGUCUUCGAGCUUGGCGCUGGCUGUUCAUCAUAGAAGGAGCUAUCACUGUCGUCAUUGCAGCCAUUGCGUUUUUCAUCUUACCGAACUUUCCAAAAACGACCACCUGGCUAACCGAAGAGGAACGUGGUUUGGCCGUGUGGCGACUUGAAGAAGAUAUUGGGGCUGAAGAUUGGCUAGAUUCGCAGCAUCAGAGUUUCAAGCAAGGUCUCAAACUGGCAUUUACCGACGUCAAAACAUACAUACUAAUGGUUAUGCUUUUCGGCAUUGUGGCUAGUGGCACUGUUACCAAUUUCUUCCCGACCGUUGUCAAAACUCUCAAUUACAACGAUGUAAACACUCUGCUUUUGACUGCUCCGCCAUAUGUCUUGGCUGUCAUUACAACAUUCGCCAACUCAUGGCACGCUGACAGAACUGGUGAAAGAUUCUUUCACAUCACGAUUCCUCUUUGCUUCGCUGUCUUUGCCUACAUCCUCGCCGCAGCAACGACCAAGACUGGACCAAGAUACGUUGCAAUGAUGUUUAUGGUGCCAGGUGUUUAUACCGGUUAUGUCGUAGCCCUCGCAUGGAUUAGUAAUUCGUUACCACGACCACCUGCCAAGCGUGCGGCGGCAUUGGCAUUUAUCAACGCAAUAUCUAAUACCAGUUCCAUAUACGCCAGCUACAUGUACAGCGCUAGCGCCGGACCAAGAUAUGUGGUAGCUAUGGGCGUGAACUGUGCCAUGGCCUUGACUGCAAUGCUUGCUGCCCUCACUCUACGAAUCAUUCUGGUGCGUCUAAACAAGAAGCUGGAACGAGGAAUAUUUGUUGAGGGCGCUAUCAACUCAGGAACCACGGAAGCGGGAAAGAACGGGUUUCGAUUCAGACUUUGA